AUGAAGACAGACCUGCGGACUCGUCAGCGAGUGUCCAAAGUUUCCAGAGACCACCUUGAAGAUCAGUUCCUAAGGCUCCAUGAAGAGAACCAUCUGCUUAAACAGUAUGCCAGACAGCAGGAAGACAAGAUGAAGAGAAUGGCAACUAAGCUGCUUCGGCUUACAAGUGACCGGCAGCGUGGAGAUGCUACUGGCCGCCAGUCUGUCAGAGAUACAGAGCUGGAAGAUCUGGUGGAGGACUUGCAGAACCAAGUCAGGACUCUUGAGCGCCAUCAAGAUACCCUACAGAACAAGCUCAGUGUGGCCUACCAACAGCUGCAAGUGCAGGGAAGUCGGCACUCCCCAUAUUGCCAGGUGCCAGCGCGGGUCAACACAGGGCUGCACGGAUCAAGGGACCCAAAGUUACGAAAAGGUCCAAGAGUCCAGAACACAGAUAUAGAGGUGAGGAGGCCUACAAAAACUGCUCCACCAAGGCUUGGAACAAACACUUUGGAUGAAAUGCAAGCAGAGGUUGAACAGCUAUACUCACGGCUCAGAUCCACCUUGACCGAAUCUCAGCAUUCCAAGAUGGCAGAGCUGGAGACAGCAGCUGAGUAUGUGAAGCAGUGUCUGAAAUCCAAAGAGAUGCAAAUGGAGGAAAUCCUUCAAGAGCUACGCAAACAGCACGCUGACAAGCACAGGGAAACAAUACGAGACAACGUGGACCUUAUCCGACUACAGAAGAAGCUUUCAGACAAGAGUGCUGCCCUGUUGAUCGCUGAAGAAAAGCUUGCUGCACUACAAGAGUCAUAUGAAACUCAACUGGAAGAGAGUCAGAAAUCCUUGAAGGAGAGUUGUGGCUCCCUGCUGGGAAAAGUUCAGGAGCUCACCGAUGCCCUCAGAGAAGAAAAGGAGAAGAACCUGUCGUUGGAGAGCCAACUCAAGGUGGCCACCAUCUCACACCAAGUACUGGACGAGCUCCAAGCACAAGUCUCUAAUCUGGAGAUGGAGAAGAGUCUUCUCAAAGAGGACUACGACAGACUGUUGGACAGUGCACUGAAUGCUGACAACACAAGAAACCGGAAAGAAGCUGAGGAGCAGCUCAGAGCCGAAAACCUAAGGUUGGAAAAUGCAAUCCAAGAAGAGCUGAGUGAGAAAUGCAAGGUACUAGAGGAGAUGAAGCUGCAGAGAGGAGCCCAUGAAGCUCUUAUACAGAAGCACUCUUCACUAGAACAGGAAGCGCUGCGUCUGAAAGAAGAUGUGAGCUCCCUUCAGCAGAAGAUCACCUUCAUCACCUCGGAGUGUGACAUGAGCGUGGAGGCUCUAAGUGAAACCCUAAUGCAGAUUAAGUCCUUCAGGCUACAACGAGCUAAUGAGCGUUUAGACUUCCUGCAGAAAGAUGAUGAUGACCAAGGGUCUGAACCAGCAGCAGUAGCUCGUACACUUCGAGAUCUCCAAGUAUCCCAUGCAGAAACGGUGCUGGAAUUGGAGAAGACCAGAGACAUGCUAAUCCUUCAGCACAAAAUCAACAAAGAUUACCAGUUGGAAUUGCAGACUGUAAUGCGGAAAGCUGAGGAUGAUAAGGAAGACUUUGAGCGGAGGUUGGAGCAGAAUGCCCAUCUUUUGAAUAUCAGAGCUCAGCGAAUUGGGACUCUGGAAGCACAACUCAAAGACAUCGCCUACGGCACAAGGUGCUACAAGAGUAAAAGUCAUCAACGAAGUGGAGAGACAUGUGAUGAGGACAACAUCACCCUGAGGCAUGGGGAGAACCUCUUAGAGGUUUAUAUCGGCGGCGCUUAUUUCACACCGGAGGCCUUGAGAAUCCUGGAAGACCGAGACGCCACAACGUUUUGCUCUUUGGCCUUUUAUGAUUUUGAGACCCAAAUAACACCAGUGGUUCGAGGAAUGCAGCCAGUGUACAAUUUCACGUCCCAAUACCCAGUGGUGCUAGAUGAUUUCUUCCUUCAGUACCUGAGGACUGCCUCUCCCAGGCUGGAAAUCCACGUGGCCAACGGCACCAGCUUUCACACCCUAGGUGUCUGUCAGAUCCCAUUCCCUGAAGUUCUGGAGAAAGCAAUGGAGCGUGUUUAUGGAAAAGCAUCUAUAAUAGGUCCACGAGGAGAGACUUUUGGGGUGUUGGAGUACUGGGCCCGCCUGCAUAUUCCCAUCGAAGAGACAACCCGUCUACACCAAAAGAGGAUGACAGCGUUGGGUUACCUGUCAGCGAAUGCACAACAGCGUGGGCGGCAGGGAGCCCCCACUCUGCCAGCAUCCCUGAUAGACACUCAGAUGCAUAACCAGCUGGAGGUUACAGUCGUGGGCUGCAGUGGGCUGAAGUCGCGUUGGCCCGGCCUUGUGCCAGAUGCCUACGUCAUCUACAAGUUUUAUGACAUACCUGAUCAUGAUUCACUCAUCAUACCCUGCAGUGAAGACCCCGUGUUCAAUGACACUGCCAGCUUUGACGUACCCGUGACCUUUGACCUCCAGAGGUACCUCCGAUUUGAAACACUCUGGAUUUAUGUUUUUGAUGACGCCGAUCCAGAAACAGCAGCGUACCUUGGCAAAGCUGGCGUCCCUUUGAUAUCCCUGGCCCAAGGAAAACCUGUGAAAGGAAAUUUUGCACUGCAAGGCCUGGAAGGACAGCCGGCGGGCUCCAUUCAAGUGGCACUCAGAUGGAAGUUUCCAUACACACCUCCAGAGAAUUUGACGAAGUGGCCCGCGGGAGAUCAAAGCAAACCAAGGGAAGAAUUUGUCCCACUGACUGAGCGUGUGCCAGUCGCCAAGCCUCGGACUAAGCUGGCGUCCCAAACCAUCCAGGUCACCCCCACAAUGAACAAGGUGGACUCUGGCCAGGUGCCUCCUCCAAAGACUUCUCUCCAGGCACCUCAAUCCAGCCACCCGCCACAUGGAUUCUCCAGGCGUAGGAAGAAGCUUUGUGUGUCAGCGCCUUCUGAUACAGUCGAGGCAAGUAGAACAGAAGAACUCAAAGCUGAUCCUGUCCAAAUACAAGAGCAAGAGGUGCCAAGAGAGGAACCGGCGGAGCAGUCCAAAGAAGUGAAAAUGAUGGAAGAGAUGGAACUACAGGAUGUAGAGGAGGAAGACUCCACAUUAAAUGGAGUGCAAACAGUGACGGAGAUGAACGAAGAUGGCCAAGUCCUGGAAGAAGUUGUGAGCAUCGCAGACUCGAGCGACUCCCAAACCUCUGACAGUGAUGCCGUUGUCAUACCAAAACCCGUGCUGCCCACCAAGAUGCAGUCUGAGCGUCUACGAGUAGAAAUCCUGUCACUGACUAUUGUUCCCGAGUCACGGGUGGCUCUCGAUGAAGAGAUUCAACAACUCUAUGUGGAGUACAGAAUAUUUGGAGUCCCCCUGGAGACAACAGAGACACCCAUUUCACUACGGAAACCAACACAAGGCGAAGAGAUACACUACAACUUCACAAGAGUGAUCUAUGUGGACAAAGCUGAGAACUUUGCUGUGCGGCAGUAUCUUUACACCAUGUUGGAAGGAAAGGACCCCAACAAGGGCAGGUUAAAGUUUACCGUAGUAAGUGAGCCAGUGGAGGAAGAGCAUGAAGAAUGCCAAGAUGUCGGUUACGCAUAUCUGGACCUAAAAGCCGUUCUCUUGUCAGGAAGCGACGUUGUUGAACAGCAGUUAGACGUUGUGAAUGCAGAAGAUGACAAAGAUGUGAUUGGGAAACUUAAAGUUUCACUUGAAGCAGCACAGGCUUUCUGCCACAUCUACUGGGAGUUUAAAAAAACUGAAGAAGUAUCAGAAGACAAUAAUGACAAUGAAUAAAAAUGCCAUUUUUAGAGCUGAACUUAGGCUUAA